ACACACUGAAGUGAAUCCAAGUAUGCCAGGAGGUAGUUCCCUUGGUCACUACGUGCCUACAUAGAUACUGUAAAAUGCAAAGUCUUCCAUAUCCAGGUUUUGUAGCUCAUGUUUUCAUGCCUGUAUUUGUGGCUGUGAUUUUGUCUAUAUGCCCUUAAUAUGCUAUCAGUUCGAACGUUGAGCCGCUCGUCUACUGAAUGACAUUGGUUCAUGGUUUUUGAUUUAAUAAGUAUACAACAAAACUGGUGCUUUCUUUUUUCUACCACUUGUUUUCUGAAAUUCGUCUGAUGAUCUGGAUUCAUGUGGUUUUGAAAGGGAAGUAACACCACUGUGACAAGCCUGUUGACAAAAUGUUCAUCUAUGUUAAUCAGUAUAUACAAGUAUAUCAUUGUGUUUUCCUUCAAAACAAUAUUUCAGUCGUAAGAUAGGGUACAAUUUAUGUACUCUUACAAUUCUGAAGUAAUGUCAGGUCUGAAUUUCAGUUGGCAUGUUUACCUUUCGGAAACGGGUGCUGAAAUAUCUCCACUUAAUCUGUUUCCACAUGUGACUCAAAGUUUCAUGACGCUUGUCAAAGAGGGAGAAACACUUGAAGUAAAUUCCCAAUGCCUUGCAGAACAAAAGGAAGUGAAUACUCAAGGCUCUUGGUGGCCAGCUGAAGUAGUGUUAGUGUCAGGUUAUCUCAUUCUUCUUAAAUGGUGUGUACCAGAGAUCGCUCUUUAUUCAUUGGAGGCAAACAUGCAUCUUAACUCAAAUUCCCCUCAUACUAAAUCUGAAUGCCCAUUGAAUGGUGUUUUUUGGUUCGAUGUUAAGGGUCCACAUUGGCAGUGUGUGCAGCCCAUGGGCUGGUGUCGAUCAAAAAACAUUAAUUGGAGUCCACCAAAUCAACUUCUUCACAUGCUUAAUCUUAAAGAAAAUUGUUGGCAAAGCGCUGACUGGGCAUCAUAUCUACAGGGUCGUUCUGUUUGCAGCAUCUUUUUUGAACGACGUUGUUUGUAUAUAUUUGAAACUAUUCGAGUCGGUGGAUAUUUCGAAUGUGAACAUGAGCUUGAUCCAUCUUGUGUUUGGCCAGUAAAGGUGCUUAUGAACAUUGGUGGACGUGUUCUAUUGUCCUGGUUUGGAACGAGCUCAAAGAGUCAGAUGUGUGAUAAAAGUCAUAAAUUAUCCACGUUUACAUUAUUUUACCUUAAUCGACGUUUACACCCACUUGGUUAUGGGAAAUUGUCUGAGCUCAAAUACUGUCCACCUCCUGGCUACAUAUUGGAACGUGCUAUUUCGAACAUUGACGCUUUUAUACGUGGUGCUUGUCCAGCCACUUAUAAUGAACUGUCCAAGUCUGUUGAUUCUCUCCUACUCAAGUCAAUAUUUUCUGUUAAUAAUGGUAUCCAGUCCCUUCAUGAGUUCAAAGUGGGAUGGAAGUUAGAGGCUAUAAAUCCACUUAGACCCUAUUUUGUGCAACCAGCAACAGUUGUAAAGGUCUUCAACUCACGCUAUUUUCUUGUCGAGUUAGAUGAUUUACGUAUUGAUGGGAACAAAUCAGGAAAAGAAGACAUAUCUGGUUCUUCAAAAGUUCAGUUUAUUGCUUAUGCAGGUAUGCCAGAAAUUAUGCCAGUCAAUGAAAGUCAACUGCGAGGAAUAUAUUUAUCUCCACCUCCAGGUUGGCCUACGAAUAGAUAUUUUACUUGGACUAAUUAUCUAACCUACUUAUCUGCACAUAGUGAUAAUUUAAAUGAUCACUCUCCAUCUGGAGAAAUUUCCGCCGAUAAUGUAAUUAUGCAAGAUGAGUUCACAAAGCAUACCAUCAGUGUCACUUCUUCAAGGGCGACUAUAAAUACAUUUCAUUGUACAAAUGUAUCUUCCGAAGGAACAGACCAAGCAACUAUCAAUGAUCUACCUGUCUGUCCUUCAGAAUCGAUUUUCAAAGGAAUUCAUGCAUUUAAUUCUGUACAGAAAUUAGAAAAUUCUAGCAAUUCUAGCUCUGAAAAGAAUUUUGUCAUUGUGAAUUCCUCCAAAAGUUGUCAACCUAAAGGGAGUGAUUCAAGUUGUAAACUUGACAAAAACGAAUCAAAUUCAAACAAAUUUUUACUUGGCAUGAAGUUGGAAAUGGUGCCUCCUGUAAAUAUUUCUUGUGAAUCCUUCCAUAGUUUUGAAAUUGGACCUGCACUUUGCACAGCUACAGUCACGCGUGUCGAAUAUCCUCACUUAUUAUGGCUUCUUCCGGAUAUAUCAUUUGACAAAGCUUCUCAAGAAGCUGCAGCGUAUCAUCAACGCAGACCUAUCCUGAUGGAUGCUCGAUCUACAGAUCUAUAUCCGGUUGGCUGGUCUGAAUUCGUUGGCUAUCCACUUAUUCCUCCAAGUGGUUAUGAUAUUCAGGAAAGUUGUUCAUUAAAACUACAAUUCGGAAAUUCUACUACUACUGGUCAUAAAGUAUCAGAAAAUAAUACUUCUUCUUUACAAGACUGUUGCAUUCCUGGAGGUAUAAGGCCUACUCAUGAACUGCAAAGUUUCAGGAUAAAUUAUGUCAAGGAAGAAAUAUGUCCACCUAUCUUCAUCAAUUCGAGGUGUUACCUUGGUCCCUUCCUAUGUAAAUCUAAUCUAGAACUACUACCUCGACAAUUCGGUCCUGGAUCAGUAACAAGAGUAUUGCAAUGCUUAAUCACUCGUUUGGUUCGUGCUGCUUAUAAGCCUGUACGUGUAUUACGUAUGUUUGAAGCUGAUUAUGCUUCUGGAAUGGCAUCUGUCCUUAAUGGUCGUAAUUCAUCAGCAAUAAAUAGUAAAGAAUGUGGAGCAAAUGAACAAAAUAGUAAUUCUCGAGUUCGAAGUAACCUUCAUCCUUCUCUACAGCAGGCAAAAAAAGAGGUAUUGGAACAGCGUCGUGAAGCUAUGCGUGUUGUUUUAGUUAGCGUUCGAUGUCCUCGUCGAGGAAUAAAAAUUGAAGUACCGGUUGAAGUUUGCUGUCGUAGGAGAGCAGUAGAGGAAUAUUGUCGACAGAUAUCUCUAGUUUUUGAAGCGUGCCCACAUCUUCUCACUCUUGUCCCUCCUAUAUCACCUGGGGAAAUAAAAUCAUCAACGUCAUCAAACAUCAUCGGAGUCGAUACUGAUCGUCUAUUUCUUAAUGAACCAACUCAGAUUCCCUUCGAAAAUAUUAUGUCUUCGAAUCAUGACUGCCCGUCGUUUUGCAAUGUUCGUCUACGCUCUCGUUAUUUCGAUCGUCUUCCAGGGUGGAAAAGGCGUCUGACUGCUCUACGAGCAUUUACAGACCCAUCUUGUACUGACGGUGACCAGAAUCGUAUUGUUUCAGGAGCUUCCGGUGGUCAUAUAACUCGAUCUACGGCAGCAUUCCAAAACAGCCUAAAUUGGGUAAACAGACUUGAAUCGCAAUCCAACUUUCAGUCGAAAGAUUCCAAAACUCUCACUUCAGCCAAUACCAAAAAUAUUAACAGAGCUAAACGUAAAUAUCAGAACCACUUGCGAAACUCCACGGAACAUUGCUCUAAAAAAAUGUCGAAUGGUUUCAAAGUUGUUAGUAGUGCUUGUACCAAGUCUAAACGAUCUCUCCGUUCUAAACCUCCUAAUUUAACGAGUAGAAAGUGUCACAAAACAUCUAACACGGUUAUGACUAGCUGUCAAACAUCGUCUGUAGACGGAUCAUCCAAUCCAAACUCUUCUAAUUAUCCUAUUUGCAGUGCUGGUUUUGAUAGCAGGUCGCUUCGAAAUGUACAAAGUCCCCCUGUUUCUAAUCCUCAUCGUUUGUGGCAUCCUAACCACUUGUCAAUUCCGUCAUCAAGCAAUCGUUCAUCCUCACAAGCUAUUCCGAGUUAUUCAAACAGAAACGGCUUAGAAACUGUGAGCCCAACGACAGGACUAUUACCCCUACAUCAUAUCCCGAUAAUGGAGGAAGACAUUGAUCCAUUGCUCAGUAAUAUUCCUAGAGUAAUUUUGUCAAGUAAUCCUAUGUUUUGGACACCUGUUGACUUGGCCUCAUAUCUUGGCAGUACUGACUGUCGGGAAAUGUGGCCAUGGCUUGCAGCUGAAGCUGUAGAUGGACAAGCAUUUAUGUUAUUAACACUUCCUGUUCUGCAUAGGUUAGUUGGUUUACGUUGGGAUGAUGCUGUGCGCCUCGCUCGUCAUGUGAUAUCUGUCAAGCAGGCCUUUAUCGAACAGUUUAGUAUGAAUUCCCACUCAAAUGAAACAUAUCGAACUGAAACAAGAUGAUGCUACGCUUUCUUUAUGUGAGGCGGAGGUUCAGCCUCCCUUUAUUUUCACCCCUACCAUACACUUAGUCUUUCCAAAAUCCCAAGGAGUGCUUCUUUUCUCUUUUUGUAAAUUUAUUACUUAGUGUUAUUCAGUAAAAAAACGUUUUGAAUGUGAUCACUUCUACGGGUAACAGUCACUUCUCAUGUGUAUACUUCUUGUAUCUUGAACCAUUUUGAUGUUUUCCACUACAUUAAUUUCUACUUUUCUUGUAUUCGAUUAUUUUGUGUAUAUCUCAAUGUAUUAUAUAAUACCAAUAUGUACAUACAUACAUCUUCAAUUAGCG